AGGUUAAUAUUGUCUGAAAUGAGUAAGAUAGUUAGAAAAAGAACUGAAAGCGCAUCGUGGCCACAGUUUGCGAAAGUUGCCAGUAUAUGGUGGACGGCCUACUAUGAACAUCCUUCUUUUUCUAACUAA